UGCGCGCGGACUCCGGGCACCGACGGCGGCGUGAAGACGAGCCAGCUUCCCGCUAGGACCGCGGCGGACCCGCCGUCGCCAUGUGCGCCUCACCCAGCCCUCGGGGGUCCCAGGCACCGCCACCCCUGCCUCUUUUCCUCCUGUGCCUCCUCGCUGCGACGCGCCGGAGCGUGGCAGACAGCACCUCCCCAGGUUCACCUUUUACAAGUCUGCCUGCCAGAGAAGAAAUGAUGGCAAAAUACUCUAACCUUUCCUUGGAGAUUCAUAACAUAUCACUGACUGAACAUUCCAGUGUACCAGUAAAAAAAAAUAUCACUUUAGAGAGGUCUUCUAAUAUAGAACUCACAUGCCAAUUCACAACAUCUGGGGAUUUGAAUGCAGUAAAUGUGACUUGGAAAAAAGAUGAUGAAGUACUUGAGAAUUAUUCCCUCAUCAAUAGGACGGGAAAUAUCCUGUAUACCCAAUACAAGUUCACAAUCACUAAAAGCAACCAAAUGGGAAGUUAUUCUUGUUUCUUUGGAGAGAAAAAGGAACACAGGGGCACAUUUCAUUUCAAAGUCCCUGAAAUUCAAGGAAAACACAAGCCAAUAGUCACUUAUGUGGGGGAUUCUACUAUCUUGGCGUGUAAAUGUCAAGAUUGUUUUCCUUUAAAUUGGACGUGGUACAGUAGUAAUGGGAGUGUACAGGUCCCUGUCGACACUCAAAUGAAUAAGUUCUACGUGAUCAGUGGAGCACAUGGUAAUGAAACAAAGCUCAAGAUAACACAACUUUCAGAGGAAGAUCGGGGGUCUUACUGGUGCCAUGCAGUCUUCCAAUUAGGCGAGAGUGAAAAUCUCAUUGAACUUGUCGUGCUGAGCUAUUUGGUGCCCCUUAAACCAUUCCUUGCAAUAGUCGCUGAGGUUAUUCUUUUAGUGGCUGCUAUUCUGCUUUGUGAAAUGUAUACCCAAAAGAAAAAGAAACAACCAGAUGAGGGGAAAGAAUUUGAACAAAUUGAACAGCUGAAAUCAGAUGAUAGCAGUAAUGGUAUAGAAAAUAAUGCCCCCAGGCACAGAAAAAAUUCAGUUACUUCCAAAUGAUACUGCAAAUAAAAGGAAUCUGUGAGCCAAUGAUUGAGAGACAUCAUGUCAAGAGUCACGAGAAGAUACAUCAAGAGUUUAUAUUUCAGCUUCGUUUACGCUUCCUCUUAGAAGAGCACCUGAGUUUUCAUUUCUAAGGGAUGAAAAGGCUCAACAUGCUCAGCAGUAGCUUCAUGAAUAAUAUUGCCAUCUCAGAACUAAAGAUCUGUUUUCAUUCUGUAAUUAUUUUACAUUAAUGCAAGGUACAUUGCAUUAAAUAUGUUUUAUGAGCUAUAACACAGGAUAGGUAAUUUAAUGCUGGUCCUCAAGGGAUGCACGGAACAGACACCAGCAAAACCAGUUAAUAGUUCAUAGAGCAAAUGUCACUCAAGGCCUGAUUAUAACCAAAGACAUCAUUCAAGAGAAAGCCUUGGCAAUUUGUCUUGGAAAAAAAAAAAAAAUUCCCCCAAAUGUAUGCUUACUA